GCGUUCAUUGCCGACGCGGGAGGCGCUGCUGAAACCGCAACUUGGAACGGCGCACAAGCCGAAGCAUAAGAUCGCUAUGUCGAACACCGGCGGGUCCCAGCCGGAGUCCAGCGUUGACAAGUAUUUUGGCCUGGAGCUGCUCUUCAAGUCAUGCAAGGACACCCUGAAGUCUAAGAGCGAUGCGCUCGUCCUCCUGGCCCAUUACCUGCUAGUGAGAAGCGGCAAGCGCUGUCAUGGCAUCGGAGAGCAGUGGACGCAAGGCUCAAAGGGCACAGAGCUGUUGCCUGACAAGUGGAAUGACAACCAGUCCUUGUACACGCUGCGCUAUGCCUCUAUACAGGGCUCCGAGCGCUACGUGCUCAAAGUGAUUCCUUCGGGGGGCUUUUUGCUGGUGAACGUGCUGAAUGUCCGCAAGGAGAGGACAGCUUCAACCAAUGUCACCAUGAACAAGUUUGCAAGCGGCGAGUUUGAAGAGCUGCCCAGGGCAUACAAGAACCUGGAUGACCUGAUGUCCAAGCUGAACACAGAGGUGGUCUCUGUGCUGGAUACGAUAGACAGUACCACCCAGGCCUCGUCGUCACGCGAGGCCUCACGCUUGGGGUCCCAGGAGAACAAUCCCCUGCACAUCCCCAGCAGGCAGCCUGGCAUCGAGUGGUCCCCGCUGCAGGAGGUUCCACGGGUGGGCCAGCGAGAUCUGAACCCCUUCUAUCAUGGGCCACCUGGCGGUGGCAUGCUUAUGGACCCCCGACAGCUGCCCCGGCCACACCACUCAGACCCCGGCGUUGGCAUCCCUGGCAUUCCCAGGGGAUCCAUCCCACCUGGUGCCAGGUUUGACCCGUUUGGGCCCCCGCGACCAGAUGCGCCGGGUACAGCCAACCAGCGGUUUGCUGGCCCAAACCCAGAUCACCUCCCGCCGCCGCCAGAUUAUGACGACAUGUUCAGCUGAGCUGAUUGUAAUAUUUUUAAUAAACAAUUAUUUCUAUGA